CCUUCUGACGAGACGCUUGCCGAGGUGAUUACAUCUGGGGCUGCUACAGCUACAAAUCACCAUUUGACCAUCAGGCAAAAAAACAACCAAAAAAUGGAGAAACGUAAACAUCUCAGACCUAAGAAGAGAGUGAAACUGUUGUGUAAACCGGAGACGAUAUUAAACAUAGAAGACUACAGGAAGAUUAUUAACCUGGCUCGGUCUAUAGCUCAAACAGUCAUCUUGAAAGCUAUUCAGUAUGUGAAAGCUACUCGUUUCACUGUCAAAAACAUCCAGUGGAUCCAACAUGGUGAAUUCACUGUGGAGGGAGGACAACUGUCCAUUGAGAAGUACAUUUCAACAUGGGAGUUCAAAGAACAAUGGGUGCACUACACAGAAUUUGUGGAGAGAAGAGACUACGCUAACAGCCACUACUACAAGUACUGUGUACGCUGGAGUAUUGCAACUGCUCGGCUACCCAUACCACGACUCACUGCUGCUAUGUACUUCACUCUCAGGUUCACCAAAGGCAAACCUGCGCAUGCACCCGUUGAGGUCUCCUAUCAUUUUGAGGAUCAAACAUUAAUUCACAGACCAGGAACCAUUCGCUUUCGAGAAGUUUGGCUGAAGAACAUCAUAGAGACCAAACAUGACUUACUGGGAUCAAUCCCCAAGUAAUUCAAUUGUGUCCUGUCUUCAGUGGGUUGUUUCACUUGUGGAUUACUCGUCAGAAGGAAAU